AUGGAUGGCGGUCUUCCUACAUCAUCUGCAGCAUCGUCAAAACCUAGCCAGGGUAACAAUGCAUCAGCCACCGCCAACACCAGCCACUGGUUACCAGCCGCUCCACCACAGCCACCGGAGCCACCACUAGAGCAUCAUCAAAACCCAGCCAGGUCAAAAUGCGCGCCAAUGAAAACUCUUACCGUGCCAUGGCUUGAACUUCAGGCAGCUGUUUUAGGCACUCGUCUCAUGCAGUGCAUCCGCGACGAACCCCCUCUUGACAUCACAGACUGCAUUCUGUGGAGUAACUCAAAAACGGUUAUCAAAUGGAUUCGAAGUGAGCACCGUCGUUACAAGCCUUUCGUACAGCACAGAAUAGUAGAGAUAUUGGCCACUACAAACGUUUCCAAUUGGAGAUGGCUGCCCACAAAGCUCAACGUAGCCGACGAAUCUACUCGUAUAAAUGAUUGCAUCAAUUUUAGUCCAGUGACGCGUUGGUCACGUGGUCCCCCAUUCCUACAGCAGGACGAGCACGUUUGGCCCUCUGAAGAUAUCAUAGUCGUUGAAAAUGAUGAACCUGAUGAAGAACUACAGUCUAAAUUUGCUUUAGUCAUCAUUGGUAAGAGCUGUUGCCUGGCUUUAACGCUAUAUCAACGAUUGUCGCCGCCGCGGACAGCUAGACCAAUGCUAUGGUUUAACCGCUAA